UGUACAUCCGGGUCCUCCGCGGAGCUCGCUCUCAACAUGGCGGCGUCAGCUAAGAAAAAGAAUAAGAAGGGGAAGACCCUGACUCUGACUGACUUUCUGGCUGAGGACAGCGGCGGCAGUGCUCCGGCGCCGAGUUACCCGACCAAGACCACGAGCUGGGCCGAUGAGACCGAUGACCUGGACGGAGAUGUCUCUACAUCAUGGCACACAGAGGAGGACUCGUACCGCGCACCUCCGAUCGACCGUUCCAUCCUCCCAACGGCGCCGCGCUCGGCCCGAGAGCCCAACAUCGACCGCUCCCGUCUGCCGCGCUCGCCGCCCUACACCGCCUUCCUCGGAAACCUGCCGUAUGACGUCACUGAGGAAUCGAUCAAGGACUUCUUCCGCGGACUGGCAAUCAGUGCGGUGCGUCUGCCUCGGGAGCCGUCAAACCCAGAUCGUCUGAAGGGUUUUGGUUACGCCGAGUUUGACGAUGUGGAGUCACUCAUGAGAGCGCUGAGCCUCAACGAAGAGAAUCUAGGAAACAGGAGAAUUCGAGUGGAUAUCGCAGACCAAUCAAAUGACAAAGAGCGUGACAAUGGGCCGAUGGGGGGCAGGGACCGAGGGGGCAGGAUGUCGGACAUGGGCCCAGACAAAACAGACUCAGACUGGAGAGCUCGGCCAGCAGGAGACACGGAGGACGCACCCCCCCGGAGAGAGGAUUCUUAUGGAUCUCGUGACCGUUACGAGUCGGAUCGCUACAGAGAUGGGCCUCGCCGUGACGACCGAUAUGACGGAGGACGGGACCGGUACGGAGGAGGACGCGAUCGCUACGACGACAGAGGAGGUUAUGACUCCCGAGGAGGCGGCGGCGGGCGGCGAGCGUUCGGCAGCAGUUUUCGACGCGAUGAUUACGACUCUCGCAGUAGCAGCGACCGAUUCGGAGAAAGAGAACGCUAUGGAGAUGACCGGUACGAGAGGAGGGAGGAGCGCCGGGAGGACAGAGGUCCUCCUCAGAGGCCUAAGUUGAACCUAAAGCCUCGUAGCGUUCCUAAAGAGGAGGAGGGGAGCGGGGGCACCUCCCCCACCCCGGCACCCGCCCCCUCCAGGUCCUCCUCCAUCUUUGGAAACGCCAAACCGGUCGACACCGCAGCGAAGGAGCGUGAGGUGGAAGAACGACUGAAGAAACAAGAGGAGAGACGACAAAGACAACUGGAGGAGGACAAAGGACGGGCCCCGGAGAGGAAGCUCCGAGACAGGGACCCGAGCUGGCGCAGUGAAGAGUCCCAUACUGAGCGCUCCCGUACAGGAAGUGAAUCCUCACAACCAGGAAGUACUUCAGGCAGAGGCUCUGGGUGUAGAGAGGAGCGCUCAGGGGAGAACGAGGUAUUUAACCAGGAGCCAGAGCCCACUUCCCCGACCUCCCCGCGACCUCCGACCUCUGCCCCUAAAGAGCCCCUCAAAGUGAUGCCCGCGCCCCCUCCCAAAGAGAACGCCUGGGCCAAACGCAGCGCUGGAGCUGGUACUGGGACCAGUGAAGCAGAGAGAGGCCAGCCGGUCUCCCCCAGUGGCAACACCCCUCCCAAAAUCAGCUCUGGAGAUGAGCGAGGAUCUGGGAAAGAUGAAAACAAAGCUGACGGCGUGCGGAGGGGGGUCCCACGGGCUCGAGGGGGCUCCGCGGGGGCAGCGACCGGCAGAGGAGAGGGUCCCAAGGACCGAAGGAGGGAGGCAGACAGAAAAGAACCUCGAAGAGAGAGAGACCCUAGACCCGCUCCAGAGCCAAAGAAAUACGAAGAAACCCCAACUCCCAAGUUCAGUUCAGCCAGUAAAUACGCCGCUUUGCUAAUGGACGGAGACCAAGGCGAAGACGCAGAGGACAACGAAUAAAUCCUUAAAAUAAGAAAAUGAAUCACAACAAACAAAAUGGCCACCGAGCUUCAGGAAGAGGACACGGAGACGCAGAUAAAAUAAAAAUCAGUUUGGCUUUCCCUCCCUCACCUCCUGCACCGGACACUAGACUGGACUGUUUUAAUGCAACCGCAGUAGCUCCUAUUGAAAACAAGGAAACAUGGAAAUAAUUGUAAUAAAUAAUAAAUAAAAACAUGGGGGAAUGAAUUUGUACAUGUAUGGAUCCAAGGCCGCCGUUUGAUAUUUUUCGUUAGGCAUGAUUUUAAAGGGGGUAAUAUGCAAAUUUGACUUUUUGAGCUUUCUGCCACAUCAUAAACCUGUUUCUUCAUCUAAAAAUCCCUGGAGUUGUGUUUUGUUUCAUUUUUAUUUUAAUUGGCUCACUAUAAUUGGUUUGUCUUUAAAGCUGCAAAUUAUACACAAAUUUAAGAGUGACAUGGCCCAACUUUUCUAUUGCAAAAAAAUGGAAAAUUAAUAGAUCAUUUUACAUUUUAAGAGUUUUCAAAAGCAUUUAUGAUUGAAUUGUAUCAUAAUUACUGUAGUUUUUAGGGGGAUAAACUUGUAAUGUUUCUCUUCCAACUAUAACAAACACACCAACUUGAACUUGCAAAGGGAGAAUAGACCAGCAGAGGGCGCCAGAGUACCUUUAAAAUGUUCUAUACAAGUCAGUUUUACACUUUAAAGUGCACUAUGGAACUUUUCUGCAUCUGCCACCUGCUUGUCAUCAUGGUGCUUUUUUCCAUAAAAAAAAAAAAAAGUGAUUGCCUCUUCACAGAUCUGACCUGUAACUUGGCCUUGCAGUGUCAUUUGCUUGUCUCUGUAGGGAUAGAUUUUAACAUUUUAGGCAAAUGAUAACAUCCAUAGAGAAAAGUAGUUUCAGUCUCCAUCGGAAAAGUCACAUGGUGCUGCUUUAAUGCAAAUGUAAUUGAUUUGAGAAUAAAACUGUUAAAGCUCCUGUGUCACACAAACUGACCCCUGUGACCUUUAGCCCCUGUUCUAAUGCUGUUCACUCCUCAAAAACACACCUGGAGUUGUUUUGUUUCAUUCACACAUGUUUGAGUAACCCUUUAUUAUUAGUCUGUCAACAUCUCCAAAGCUCAAAAUGCUCUGUUCCACCUUGUGAUGUCAUGAAGUGGUAGUUUUCAAGUUAAUAGCUCCUUUUAACUUUAGUUCAGUAGAGAUUGGCAAUUCCAGGUCUGAAAUGAUCCAUAUGAUUCUAGUGAAGGUGUAUGGAGUUUAAAAACACAGUGGAGCACUUCCUGUAUCACCACAUGACAUCACAAGGUGGAACAGAGUGUUUUCAGUUUGAGAGAAGAUCUCAGCCUAAAUAUGCAGGGUUUAUGUGUUAAACAUGUGUGAAUGAAACAAAACAACUUCAUGUCUGUGAUGAGGAAACACAACACCGAGUAACAUGGGCCCUUUAAUAUGAUUCAAACUGGACAAAGAGCGAUUGUAAUUGGUCAGUUUUAUUUUGAAAACUCUGCCCCCGAGAUGCAGAUGACUCAAACAUAUGAGAAUAAUGAACAUGACUCCAGAUAUGGUUUAGAUGAGGGAACAAAAUUAUGAGUUGCUAGAGAAUUAAAAAAUAAGUCAGAUUUGCAUAAUACAGGCUAAACCCUGCCCACUUUUAAUAAUGAGCCAAACAAGUCCUGACAGCAGUGCGUCUCAACCUGUGGAGCGUGGCCUGAGUCAAAUCAAAGGCCAACUGGAGUAAUCUGUGUUAAUCUGAAAGUAACUGAUGCUGUAAUCUACAAAUCAAAUGAUACUUUGCAGUGGUGUCACACUGGGGGUGUUCUGCCUGUAUGUGUGUGGUAGAAUGCUCAGCUGUUACCAUGGUGUGACCACAGUGCACAUAUUAGCAAUAACGUCAAACGUUUUAUGAUCACCUAAAAACUCAAGAAAAAAUCCCUGUGGUCAGUCCGAGCAUUCAUGGUCCUGUUUAGGAGUGUUUAGGAGAUUUUACACAAAAAGGUGAGAGUGACUCACUGAAAAACGGUCUGCUAAUGCUAGCUAGCUUGUGACUGUAAUGUUGUUUGAGAGUAGGUUGUUUAACAGCACAAAUCAGCACACCUGUUGGAGUUCAGAUAAAUCAGCUCUUUAUGGUCAGAUUGUGUUAAAACAAAGCUCAGAUUAAAGUCUAAAUUGAGUAACAGCUUCAGACAGAGCAGUGCUUCCAGUUAGCGUCACACCCCCAGCUGCAGAGUAUCAGUAUAAUUCUAGUUUGUGUUGUUAGCUUUGGUCCAGUUGAGAGUCACUGCUGUGGAUUUGUUGAUGUCUUCCAAUGCUUACACCUGGAUGUUUCUGAAGCUUUUCUGAAACAGGAUUUUCUGUUGAAUAAAGUCAUUCAGUGUCAA